AUGGUCCGUCCAUCUCGAGCCAGCGUCAGUCAGCAUAUCGACGUGAAGGUCGACGCGAUCACGAAACUGCAAGCCGAGUUCGAGAAAGGAUCCGAAAUCCCGGACCCCGACGCACUCGUCCAGACCUUCAAGGCGUGCCUCCGCACCCCGAACCAACACCUUACUACGGCUACGCUUGCUGCGCUUCCCGCACUCAUACCCCUCCUCGUCCGGCGGCACCCGGCGCAGAUCCCGCUCCCGCCGUCGAACACGUCCCCCGCGGUCUCGACCGCCUCGUCCGGGGCGGGCGGUGGUGGCGGCGGCGCGGUCGACGCGCACGCCCUCCGGAACGUCGUCGCGCAGCUCAUGCCCGCGGGCGGCGGCGUCGUCGACCGCCUGGGCGACGCCCGCGAGCGCCCCCGCGAGUGCGCGCGCGCGACGCUCGUCGCGAUCGGCGGGUUCGCGUUCCGCGCGGGUGGGGGCGGCGGCGGUGGGGGGAGCUCGGGGCUGGGGCGGUCGAGGUCGGACAAGCACGAGACGCCGCUGCAGAUGUUCGAGCGGUUCCUGAAGGAGGGCGGGCUGGGGAGCAAGGUGGCGCGGGUGAGGGAGCAGUCGAUGUUGACGCUGGUGCACAUCCGGCGUGGCCACCACCAGUUUCCCCUCCGGCCGUACCUCCCGCAGCUCGUCGACGCGCUCGAGGACACGGACGCGAAGGUGCGCGAGUGCGCGCGCUCGUCCGUCGUGGAGCUGUUCACCGGGCCUGGCGUGACGGACGCCGCGCGGGCGGACCUCAAGAAGGAGAUGGCGAAGAAGGGCGUCCGGAAGGCGAUCACCGACGACGUUCUUGCGAAGGUCCUCGCGGGCGCGAGUUUCCCCGGGACCCCGGCAUCCGAGGGCUCCGACGGCGGGGACGCGUCGCCGCAGGAGUACGUGCCUCCGAGUAUCGCGCUGAUGAACCAGACGAAGAGACCCGCGACGUCCCGCGUGGCAAGCCAGAGCACCGCGCGCGAGAUACCGCGGCCGGUGAGUCGCGCUGCGGCCGUCGUGUCACCGACCGGGGAAGGGCCUGGGGCCGGGGCUAGUGUGUCGGAAGUGAAGGCUGUUUACAUUGCUUCGAGCAGAGACCUCGAGACCGAGUUCGCGGCGAUGCUGAGACAUUUCGAGGGUCGCGAGUCUGAGCACAACUGGGCAGCUCGAGAGCAGGCGAUACAGCGGGUCAGAGGGAUGCUGAAGGGUGAGGCACACGAGCGCUUCCACGACACGUUCAUCCUUGGCCUGAAGAACGGAUUUAUGGACGCGUCACUCAAAACGCUCGUCAGUCUUCGGACGACGGUCGCGUCCAACACUUGUGCGCUCUACAACGAGCUCUCUAUCGCCCUUGGCACCGCUCUCGACCCGUUCUGCGAGCUUAUGUACUUGAACCUUCUCAAGAUGUCCACCCUCACGAAAAAGAUCACCGCGCAGAUGUCACAGGCGACGGUCACAACUAUCAUUCAACACAGCUCCACGCACCCGAAGCUCCUCAUUUCAAUGCUGUGGAACGCUCUCCAAGACAAGGCCAUCCAGGCCCGUCAGUAUGCUAUAGGUCACGUGAAGACAUACCUGGAAAUCCACGGAGCGCGCACGUUGCACACUAUCGAGUCUUCGGGCGUGAUCGAAACCCUGGAGAAGAUCCUGAAGAAGGCGCUCGGGGACACAAGUCCCAGCGUGCGCGACACCGCGCGCCAGGUGUAUUGGAUCUUCCAAGGCAUGUACCCCGAGCGCGGCACCGCAUGCCCCAAUCCAGACGCGCUCACCGCUCUCCCCACCGUCACCCCACCACCACGGACGAAGAAGAGCAGCGUCGCUGCGGCGAUUGCGGCGAGUCGUGCCAAGGCAAAGGCGAUUGCGAACGCCCCGCCGACGUUGCGGCACCAGGCGACCUCCACGUCGCACACGAUCCGGGCAACGUCGCCCCCGUCGCGUUAUGGGCUCACUGGGCUCGGGAUCUCCAGUGGCGGUGGGAGGCCGAUAUCUCCCAGCCUCUCGACGGGCAGCUCGACAGGCGACCGGCAUGUCAUGUCCGCUGGAGCCGUGACGAGCUUGCACGUCGUUCCCGGUUCCCGGAGUCCGCCAAGGAAUAGCGACUCGCCCCCCUCCCCCACCUCAGAUCAGUCCUUCCGACGCCGAUACACCUCCCCACUCACCACCCUCAGCCCCUCGCCACCGACGUCUAACUCGACAUUCCGGAAAGCCACGGAAACAACGUUGCCGGCAUCCCCGCCCGCGUCCGUCAGCCAUUUCGUGUCGCCGAACCCACGCCCGCAGAAACUCGGGGUGAAUCCCAUACCUCUGCACCGCGAGUCAAUGUCCAUCGCUCAGAUGUCCGAGUCACUGCUGCUCGCGACCAACAUACCCGUGCCCGAAGACAGCGACUCGGACAUGGACAUGGACAUGGACAACGACGCGUCCAUGAACUUGAUCUCCUUCUCGACGCCGUACGAGAAGUACCCGCCGGCGCCACGGUCGAACUCGCAGCAGAACUCGUUCUCACCCGCGUCAACGACGUCACGACCCCAAAUCUUCUCGAACGCGCUCUCCACAGGAACAAGCUCACCCCCGGCGGGCGUCGGGCAGCCACUCGUCGAAGACGCGAUGCGCGCUCGUGCGGAACAGGCCGAGAGCGCCGCGGAGCGCCUCCUCGAGCUCACGCCCGUGAACAAAUCGAGGAGCGCGGCGAUCAUGCAGCAGGCGGCGCUGUUCCAGGACAGCCCCGCGUUCGGAAGCAAGACGGCGAACCUGUUUGCGAUGGUCGACGGCAGAGACAGCGCGGGGCCAUGGGCGCCAGAGAAUGGCUCGGCGCUCGAUAGUGACCGCGAGAGCGCCGUGCGCGCCCUUGUUGCGGCGCUCGAGGAUGAUUCUGCAGAUGUUGCGGCGCUGAAGACCCUCGCGCGCCUGUGUGCGCACAAUUCCCUGCGCGAGCCGCUAUCGCCGUCCUCACCAGCGUUCUCUGUGCCGCUCACCCCGUCGUUCAUCGACGGCUCUGGGAACCAGCUCUCACGGAGCGAGUUCUGGGAGAAGGACAAGCUGUUCGACCGGCUAUUCAACGCGCUCGUCAAGUUCUUGAAUCCUAAGAGGGGUGCGGAAGAGCUCGAGUACGGUCUAAUCGUCCUGUGGGAAAUGCUCGAAAACCAGGCGCCGCUCCUUGAGGAGCGUGAGGCCGAGAUAUUCAGCGUGCUCCUCCACAUCCGAUACUGCGCGCAGCUGAACGUCAUGCAGGCGACGAACUUCUUCCGGGAUACGCUCACGAACCGUAUCGACCCGGUGUUCGGGCUCACCACGUUCCACUCCUCCCUCCGUCAAUUCAAAGACGAGGCCCCGCCUGGGGGCGCGACGACGGAAAUUAGGGACAGCACCUUCGCCUUCGGCCUGAUCGCGCUAGGCAAGUUCUUCCUCCGGCUGCCCGCCGAGGUGCUCGAGGAAGAGCUGCCUCGCCUCCGCUCCACGCUCAUCUCGUCCCUGACGGAGAGCACGGGCACGAACGCGCUCGCCGUCCGCGAGGCCGCCACCGCGGCCACGAUCGCGGCGCAGAUGGUCCUCCGCGACGAGACACACCUCUUCACGCUGCUCGACGGCCUCCCGGACGAGAAGAAGAACCUGCUGACGUACAUGUUCGACAAGCACGGCGCGCGGGGACCCGCCGCCGCCUCGAGCUCGAACGGCUCCGCCGUGGAACGCCUCAACCGCGAGAUGCGCCGGAUAGACGGCCGUCUCAGCUCGCCGCGCCGGUAG